AAGGGAGCGCCGAUCGCGGCGGGGGCUCGCUCCGGCCUCCUGCGCAUGCGUGGCGGCGACGGGGCCGCGCGGCCCCAGGCGGGUGCGCGCGUGGUGCCUGCCGCGCGCCAUGGCGGCCAAUGAGGACCAGGAGAUGGAACUGGAGGCGCUGCGCUCGAUCUACGAAGGAGACGGCUGCUUCAGGGAGCUCAGCCCGGUGUCCUUCCAGUACAGGAUAGGAGAAAAUGGAGAUCCCAAAGCCUUUCUAAUAGAGGUUUCUUGGCCAGAAACAUAUCCACAAACAGCACCAGUCAUAUCAAUGGAUGCUUUCUUCAACAACACGAUAUCUGCAGCUAUUAAACAAAGUAUAUUGGAUAAAUUAAUGGUGGAAGUCGAAGCUAAUCUUGGAACUGCUAUGACAUACACACUUUUUGAAUAUGCCAAAGACAAUAAAGAAUCGUUCAUGGAAAAUCAGCCUGUUAACACUGUGACUUCAGUAAGCAAUAAUAUUUCUAUUGGAACUUCUGAUGUGCCAGCAAAUAAGAAAAAAGACAAAAAGGAACAGUUAUCCAAAACCCAGAAAAGAAAGCUAGCCGACAAAACAGAUCACAAAGGAGAGCUUCCUCGAGGAUGGAACUGGGUGGACGUCAUUAAGAUGUCAUUGCCAGUGGCAUGUACCCUGCAUGAGUAAGUGAUGAAACAGGAAACUGGAAGAGAAAGAAGAGGGAGGAAGAAAAGUCUACCAUGAAGAACUUGCUAUCUCAACAGGAAUUACAGAGUCAGAAAUGUGUGUAUCUAAAUGUCAACAAUGCCAUGAAACAAAUAUCUAAUUUGUUAUUUAUUAUAUCUAAUGAAUAAGCUUGAUCAAUUCAGUACAGGAUAGAAAAUGUUUAUGUGAUGUCAUCACUGAAUUAUUUCUAGCUGAGACACCCAUGUACUGCUGUGGUGUUCUUUCAGAAGGCCGGUUGUGUCCUUUUUCAUACUAAUGGAGUGAACAAUUUCAUACUAAUGGAGUCUUUGGUUGUUGUAUGUUGAUGUAAAUUCAAACUAGAGACUCAUCUUUAUUCAUGGGAACAGUGCUUAUUUGUGCUAGAUUCAAAGGCAGGUAGAAAUACAUUGAUGGAAGAAUCCUAUCCUCAAAUGUAUAGCUGCUGUUAAAAAAAAAAAAGCCCUAACUUCCAGCUGAUCUACCUGAGGAUGAGCUUUUAGGUGGUAUCAGAAGUGAUGACCUCAGUUUUACAGCAUCAGGAAACUUUGAGGAAGUGUCAGAGAUGAAACUUCCAACAUUGUUGUAAUAUUUUGGAGACUGUUUGUAUUUAAUUUGGGGAUUUUUCUUUGAGGGUAUGUAAGUAUUGGUUUUACUGUGUAAAGAAAGUAUGUGUUGUAAUCUAGAAUGUGAAAGAAGUGAUAAUGAAGUAAAUUCUUAAUACUGUAAGAAAUCAAUUGGAUUAGCUUUUAUGCUGCAUGUAAAUCAGGAUUGUACUUCUCUCCUCCACAUAUGUGUUCUUUUUCUUUAUAUUCAGUUUUUGUUGGGCAAAAGCCUGAUGGUUGUGUCUUCACAGGAAUACUAUAGAGGGAAAUUAAAGGUAUAACUGCUAGAAUAAAACUAACUGAAAUAAAGAUAAGAAAAUGCUAAGUGUUGCAUCUCACAGGGAGUCAUAAGGUGGAUGACCAAUCAAGCAGAUGUUACUCAACACUUCUUGAGAACUGGCAAAUAAUCAGAAGAAAAUACAGCUGGAAUGCAAUCUAACAAAGAAUCAACUCCAAUGUUUCAGAUCAGCAGGAUCUGUUUAAUGUGUCAGCUUCAUUCCUCAAGCAUUAACCUGCAGGUAAACAUUGAGCUGCAGCUUCUUAACCACACAAAAUGGAUGAAAUUUUGUUUCAAGUAUUUCUGAACUGCAGCCCAUCCUCUAGUUCUGAAGUUGUUUGGUUAAGGAAUAAAUGUUUUUCCUUCCAGUCCAUUAAGGAGAUUAAUAUAUUCUUCAUUAGUCUGAAAUUGGUUCACCACUUUAAUUAUGGGAAGCUUUUUUGCUAAGCACUUGCAUGAAAGAAAUACUAAGUCUGAGAAGUUACUUUCAACAUUACUAUUUGCAAAUUAAUGGUAUAUUUAUUCAAAUGAAAAGCAGUGCUUAUGUUAUGAAGAGCACUGUUGUAAGAUGUAUGAUUUUGAAAAUUUAGCUUGAAUCUCUACUAAUAAUGCUCUUAACAGGGUCAUCAAAUAGCUGUAUGAAACUUUACCCCCCAUCUUAGAGAUGGUGUAGCUGAAUACACACUUAUUGGGGCGGAGACAACAGGACUUCACACUGUAUCUGCAUAUGUACCAAAUUGUGCAGCACCUACCUGAAGUAAUUGUGUCCCUUAAUUAUGUUUUAUGAUCAGCAAAUUCUUAACUUUCCAGAAUGUUCUUACUAUGCUUGCUGGUCUUCAUGGCACAUUCUACAGGAAUGUUUUCUGCAGUGAUCCUGCAUAUAGGCAGCAAGCUUAAAGCAAAUGGCUGAGCUCUUUCCCCAAGCUACAGAAAAUAUUGCAGAAGUGUGCCCUGUUUGCUCUCAGGCAGGAAGCAUCCACUGAGACAGGUGAGACUAGAAACCAAAACAUCACAGCUGGAAUGACUAACAAUACAUUAUUUCCUAAAAGGAAAAACUUCAAUUUUGGUGAUGAAAUGAAUUGGAUGUGGCUGGUUUUGUACUUCUCUGAAUCUUGGGAUAGGGUAAGCAGUACCUAAGUGAGUGUGUUAUUGCUGUGAUAAAUAUGUAAAAUAGAACUUGAGAGAGAUUAAUUCUCAAUAACACUAAAUGCCUUUUCCUGUUCAAUGUACUGCUUGGUCCAUUAAGCAUAUGCAACUGCUACAAUCCACAGGCUUUUAUUUAGUUUCUCCUGAGGGAGGAAAGAGCCUGGGUUUUGGCCAAACAAAAUAAAAUACGUGCUGUGGAAUUCUGUUUAACUGCAGAGAAUGAAAUUAUUGCUACACUUUAUAGAAUAUGCUUAGUAAUGCAGUAAGAAUUUACUAGAAAAAACUUUUUAGAGGAAAGGUCAUGUCAUUUUAGAUCCUUGAGGAUGCAUUAUGGGUUAGAGUGAUAUAGAAGUCUUGGAUCACUUUAUCUCAGUUUGCCCUGGGUGUCCUACUUCACCAAUGGCCCCAUCAGAAACAGUGGCACUAGCGUGAAAUUAAGGCAAUGAAAAUCAAGAAUCAAAAUAUAAGCAGUUGUUUGGUUUGGCUUAAUUAAAAUCUGUAUCUGCUUGUUUACUGCUACUUGUUCUUUGUAUUAACAAGCUCAGCUGUGUCUCACAUCUGAAGAAGCCAAGGGAAGUAUUAGGUACUUUGAUAUUUCUUUGUCUCUCUGAUACAAGAAAAUUUUCUUGGUUUGCAACCAUGUGAAUCUGUCUUUCAAAAUGUUUAGUCUUAACUAAUGCAGUUGAAGAUUAUGGCUUUUUUUGUGUGUACAAGGGCCUGUCACUGCAGCAUUAUGAAAAAUUUGCAUACAAAGCAUCUGCUUUAAGAACAUUGUUUGCAUAUUACAUAACUUUCAUAUGUAUUUCCAUAUAUGUCAUAUUCCCAUAUAUAUGUCAUUAUGAAGUAAUAGUGUUUGAUUUGCUGUUCAUGGGUCAGCGAGUGUUGUUUACUUAGUGCUGGUAAUUUUGCUUUCCCUCUGUUUACCCAGAAAGAUAGUUUCCAAGUUUUUUUCCUGGGAGGAGAAGGGGAGUGCUUACAACUGGGAUAAGGAAAUUCUGGUAUACAUUUGGCAGUAUUGAGCUCUAUGAGUUCAGCAGCAAGCCACUGUUUGUUUUGUUUGUCAACAGAAAGCUCAUAGAACAUGGCACAGGAAAGAAAACUUGUAAUAUCUCACCUAUCCAUAAAAGCUGCUGUGUCCUUUUCCUCUUAAGUAAUAGUUUCUUGUAAAGUUUUAGGUAAGUGCAGAUUCCCUUUCACACCUUGCCCCUGUUGUCAUCAUAAGUGGUUUUCUGGAUCAGGCAGAACCAUACCAGUGUGCUCUUAAUUAAAAAUGAUCAAAGUCCAGGGCCUGUGUGACAUCUGAGCCUGAAUGAGGCUUUAACAUGGCUUUGUUUUACCACAGAUUUUUGUUUACUGUCACCAUCCAGAGCUUUACUAAUUCUGCUUCCUUUCCAUCCACCAAGCUGAAACCUGGUUGCCAUUCCAGGCACAAAGACAUGUAAAUGAGGUGUCCUAUUAAACUGAUAUUGUCAAAUGUGAUGUGAGCAAAUGAGCUGCGCUCCUCUUAUCAGUUACACCGAUGACUAUGCUGGUGCUGUUCCCAAGGCAAGAAAGGGGCAGGCAUUGCUUCCUGUAGAUUUUCAUGUUUUCUUCCCUGCUAGACAGGACUGCAAACUAAACUUCUGGGACCAAGGGAAAUCAAUAUUCAUAUUAUUUCAGCUUUUUCAGAUAUCGUAUCUGAGAACCGUUCUUUAUGUCAGAAUUCUGGUUCCUGUAUAUUGUGUGCUGUGCCUCUGAGAAACCCACAAAAAUGUAAUUUUCAGUCUGCUGUAUUUUUGCACGUUAUAUGCACAGCCAUCAGUGCUGAAAGCAGUCUCGUGUCAGGACUGUAGGAAUUGUCAGAAAGCACCUUUUUUCUGUCAGUUGAGUGAAGGCUUUUUGUGGAAAGCAAAUGAAACCACAGUACUUCUUAAAUUUGUAAGCAUGCUUUCUGUAGUGUUCAUCCAUGUGGCCAACCUGAAGGAAUUGAGUCAUUGCUUCGGAUCCUGUGAGAGGGAAAUGGGUGAAAAUUGCAAAUGUAAUAUGCUUCACUUAUCCACCAGGAAAACGUAUCUAGCAAAACCUAGAGACUUGAAACGUGAAGAGCUGCAAUUUCCAAUCUGCUCUGUAUUAUCACAGGAGUGAGGAUUUUGGUUAGUCUGAUCCAGCAAGAAUUAGCCAAAAUCUUUAGGGUAAAAAGGUGAACAUGAACCCACACUUAACUAGCCUUCUGCAGUAAUUUCUAGGCUAGCCUAGAAAAAUGUUUGUUCCACUUGGCAUAGUCUUUCAUGGGGGAACAAACCCCCACUACAUACAGAAUAAAAGGAGGAAAGUUUAUAAAGGGGAUAUAUGCAGAAACCUUGUUUCAGCAUACAUGGAGUUCUUUUUCUAAUUACUCCCCACAUUACUUUGGCUCUGUUAUGUUAGAGCAAGUUCAUCUCUGUGUGAUUGCUGAUUAAUCUUUGUAGGUUUUUGUUUGUUGUGGGUUUAAUGCUGCUGUUUUAGGACAGAGGAAUGGUGUUUCUCACAAUGGAGAAUAAGCUUGUUUGGAUUUCUUUUCACCUUCAAGUCUCAGAGUUGCAAAGGACUUACCUCAAAGAUUUAUAACACUCAGUCAUGGGCACAUCAGAUUCCUCUCUUGUGUACGUUUCCCCUUUCUCCCUUUCUGGAUGGUUAGCAAAGACCACGAGAUGGAUCAGAUUGGACGACCUCCUGUUUAUCAUGGGAUGCUGCAUUCACCUGGAAAUGCCAAGUUAAGUUUAGUAGGAUAAGAGCAUUUCCGUCCUUAUGAGAGUGAGCUGUGUGCUGCAGUCUGGGAGCAGGAUAUCUGGUGUCACCAGUAGUGCUGGGCAUAUGGCCAAGGCAUCCAGAGAGAAUCCUGACCUGAUCACAGCUGGUCCUGUUUUCAGCAGGAGGACAACUAAAGAUGUUCUGAGGUCUUUUCCAACCUGAAGUUAACUGUGAUCCUAAGAAGGGAUGCUGUUUUCAAUGCUGUAGCAACAAAUUAAUAUCCAAAAUAAUAGCCAGCCUGACAUAAGAGAAUGAUUUCCUGAUAGCAGAUCUGACAAUCUGACCAUAUGUGACCACAGCACUCUUGAGUUUGGGAUUUGAAAAUUAAGGUUUUCAUGUCUCCUCAGUGUAGCUGUUUUCUCAUUCUAGCUUGUCACCUAAUUGUCUCCCUGCUAUACCUAGUUUCAAAUAUAUAAUCUGAUAUCUGUAUAGAAAAAUAUCUUCUAAUACAAAUGUUUUGCUGGGGUCAGUUAUGCACAAGAAGCAAGAAGCAAGUCUUUUUCUUGACCUUGGCUGAUGAAUGCCAAAGGUGUGGGUUUUGCUUACAUGUAUCUUAUCACAGUACUGUGGGUGUUAUGAGCAGGUCGAUAACAAAUCCGUUCUGUCUCAGUCUGCCCAUGUAAAUUCACAGGUAAAUUAGUCAGCAGAGACCACAAGGAGGAUACAAUCUACAUGCUUAUAAACAAGCCGGUCUGUGCUGAAUACACAUAAGAACCUUAUGUUAUUUAAUGUAAGAGGAAAAUAUGAAAUGGCAUAAGGGAAAAGGGAAGUAAUUAUAUUAAUUCUAGGGAAGUUUCUAGGGUAUUCUAUCCAUUGCUUUGAAUUCCAAUUAAAACUAUGUAUUUAGUCAAGAGCUUCUGAGAUCAGGUUCUUUAUUUGGACCUGAAACUUGGAAGGUUUACCUUUUUGAAAUUGAGAAAAUGUUAGAAAGAGUUAUCUUUUGUAGAUCUCACAGGUUUUGUUUGUUUAUUUUCAGAAUGAAAGUUUGAUGCAAAAUGUGUGCUUGAGCCUCACGUUUGUUUUUUUUUUUUUUUAAUGUCAUGUGUAUGAAAACGUGAUGCUUCAUAUUUCAAA